UUGGAUUUGGGGGCGGGGGCAAUUAAGUCAAUUGAGUUUGCCGUCUGCAAAGGCUCUAUAAGUUUGAAGGGGGCAUACCACUGAGCUUCUUCCUCCACCGAAUUGGAAACCGAACGUAGCUGUUAACCUUCUACAAAGAGAAACAACAUAAACCCACUGAGAUUUUGCCGCCGGAGAUUUCCCUCACCUUCUCACUCACUCGCUGUAGCUCGACUUUUGCUCCGACUGAGUUUUUCAAGAAUCGCUGCUCUUUUCCGCCGGCUAGAUGGUUCAGCUGAUGAAUUCGGGCACGGAGAAUAUUCCGACGACGACGAAGAGGCUGAAGAAGGAGGUUGAGGAUUCUUUUGACGACUCACACGAUCAGUUUCACAAGCGUUCCAAAUCCGAGUCCUCUUCCCAGAAGUGGACAUCAGAAGCCAAUGCAUUUUCCAUAUCGUCCACUCCCUACAAUCCUCUAGAUGAGCCAAGUCCAUUGGGUUUGAGCCUAAAAAAGAGUCCGUCUUUGUUGGAUUUGAUCCAAGCAAAACUGUCACAGGAAACUGCUGAAUUAGCGACUUUAAGCAAGAAGGAGCAGAAGGGAGCCAAUGGUUUUAGUACUGCAGACAAGCUCAAGGCUUCUAACUUCCCUGCGUUAAUUCUCAAGAUUGGUACUUGGGAGUACAAGUCGAGAUACGAAGGAGAUCUAGUGGCGAAGUGUUACUUCGCCAAGCAUAAGUUGGUUUGGGAACUUCUAGAUGGGAAUCUUAAGAACAAGAUUGAAAUCCAAUGGUCAGAUAUCAUCGACCUCAAGGCGACUUACGCCGACGAUGGUCUCGGGACUUUGGAUGUCGUACUGGCGAGACAGCCCCUUUUCUUUAGGGAAAUAAAUCCACAGCCUAAGAAGCAUACUUUGUGGCAAACAACAGCUGACUUUACUGGUGGAGAAGCAAGCAGACACAGAAAGCAUUUCCUGCAGUGUUCACAGGGCUUGUUAAACAAGCAUUUUGAGAAGCUCAUACGUUGCGAUCCUCGUCUCAACUUUUUAAGCCAACAGCCAGAUAUUGUGUUGGAAUGUCCAUAUUUUAAGACCAAUGGUUCAAAUGAAUCCGAAGAAGGAAUUGAUUUGAAGGAGGAGGAGGGAGCUACUUUCUUUAGUUUAGGUAUGGUGUCAUCAUCUGGAGCUCGAUCACCUUCCACCAUUAAAGAACAUGAGUGUCUUGCUGGUGCUUCUGAAGAAUAUUCUGAGCAAUCUCGAUCAUCUAACUCAGGGCUGGAAGCUCGCAUGACGACUGAAGAAUUGAGAAACCAUGGAUCAGAAAGUUCAGGACUGUUCAACAAAUGGGAUCAAGUCAUUGUUCCUGGAAUCCGUCCAUCAAUGUCUGUCAGUGAUUUUUUCAGUCAUAUUGAACACUGCCUAUCACAGCAGAUGACACGCACCGGCUACAUGUUUUCUGAAGAAAAUCAACAAAGCAGAGAGGGCACGGAGGGACUUACACGAUAUCUUUUUGGUGAUUCUGAACAUGCAUCCGACUCUGGUGAACACAGACCAUCAUGUCCAGGCUGAAUUCCCUAUGUUGUCUUCUGCAGAAGGAUAUUCUUCAAUGUCUAGAACUUCGUAAACCAAAACCUGGUCAUAAUAGCCUCAACAUCGGUGCAGCAACACCAAACCCAUUUGCAAGAAGGCUUCCCUGCACGCAAUGGCUCGAUUUUAAGGAACGAUUAGGUGGGUGGGCUGCUGCCUAACCUUCCAAGAAUAGCUGCUCUCCCUCAGUUUUUGUUCAACUUGUUCGAUGAUGGUUCUGAGACCGUGCGACAAAGCCUUUACUUUGGUUCAACUUGUUAAUGGAGAACCUAGAAAAGCCGCCUCUAAAUCACGUCUCUGCUGAAAAGAACAAAGGAGAAGAAAAGCAUUACCCCUAUCGUUCCAUUACUGUGUAGUUAAUAACAGGUGCCUCUUCACAAGUCAACUUGUGUAAACAUAAACAGGGUGCUUAUUAUAUAUGUGCCUAUAUCAACCAACGGCAAAGCUUCUCUUUCUUGUCUCGACCUUGCAAACCUACGAGGCAGGUUGAGAUAUUUUUUGAUACUAAAUCCCGAAAUCUUGUUCAAAUCCCAUACAACACCAUCGUCACAUAGAAUAUCUAUUGAAUUAUUCUUUUUAAGUUCACAA